CCUCUGACCUCGGACCACAGCUCACAGGAAGCUGCGGUGACUCGUCGUCUUCUACUUGUGUCUCUUCACUUUCAGACUCUUUUCAGCUCUGACUGUGGUGGGCUCAGACCUGAUCUUCAUCUCCUCCUUCUCUGUCGUCGUCAUGGCAGCAGUUCCCCUCUUGCUCCUCUUCAUCCUGCUCAGCUCCUCCAACUCCCUGACCCCUCCUCGGAAAUCCUACACCCUCAACUCUGCAGACAGACCUCUGGUUCACUUCAACCCACCCGACGUCCAAAACACCACCACGCUGUUACUGAGCAACGACAGCUCCACUCUGUACGUGGGGGCACAAAACGCCAUCCUCUCAUUGGACGUCAGUCGCAGUGACGUUAUCCAGCUCAAGACUAAGAUGCAGUGGAGUCCAUCUGAAACUGAAAUAACUGAGUGUACAGGCAAAGGGAAAAGCACCACGGUAGACUGUCCAAACUUCAUCAGUGUGUUACAGCCCAUAAACUCCACCCAUCUGUACGCCUGUGGCAGCUACGCCUACAGCCCCCAUGAUGCCUUCAUUGAUGCUGAGAGUUUGGCGAUGGUCCAACAUCAAGGAGCUAAAGGUCGAUGUCCGUUCAAUCCAUUUCAGAGGAGCAUCACCACCACCGUUGAUGGAGAGUUGUUCACUGCCACAAUGUCAGACUUCAGAGGUGUCAUACCACAAAUUUCACGACAUUUCAGUAAAGGUGGUCGGCCAGACAUCAGCCAGGACUCGUCUGUCAGCUUCCUGGAAGAGCCAACAUUUGUCAGUUCGUCGUCAGAUGCCACAGAGAGGAAACUCUACUUCUUCUUUACUGAAGUUGGGAAAGAGUUCAGCUUUGUCAACAAGCUGCAAAUUGCACGUGUGGCUCAAGUCUGCAAGGAUGAUGUCGGAGGAGAGAUGAUCCUGCAGAAGAAGUGGACAUCGUUUGCCAAAGCAUCGCUGCUGUGUCAGUCUCAAAAACAGUUUCCAUUCAACAUCCUGCAGGACAUGUUCACCCUCCAUCCACCAGAGGGCAGCGGCUCCCCAGACACUCUGUUCUACGGCGUCUUCACCUCUCAGUGGUCUUUAUCUGCAGAGUCUGCGGUUUGUGCCUUUAGGCUGCAGGACAUUAGAAACGUGUUCAAUGGGAAUUACAUGACCUUUGACAUGAACACAGACCUGUGGAGUCCACUGAUGAAUAAACACUCUUAUCUGGGGACGUGUGGACAGGACAAAUCGACAGAAGCAUUACUGGAGGUGAAGAAGUCCUUCCUGACCAGCAACAGCGUUCAGCCGCUCGGAGACAGACCUCUAAUUGUGUCAUUAGAACAGCGUUACAGUCGAGUUACCGCCAUGAGGACGACGGCAGCGGAUGGGAAAGACUACACCAUCCUCUUCCUCCUCACAGAGUCUGGAUUCCUCCAUAAAGUGGUUUUAUUGGAUCAAGGUCCACGGGUCAUCGAAGAAAUCCAGGUGUUCACCAAACCUCAGCUUAUCAAAAACAUGGUCCUUUCAACCUCAAAGGGUGUUGUGUUUGUGGGGACAUCUGAAGGUGUGACCAGCGUCCCUGUGGCUCAGUGUUCUAUCUAUAGAACCUGCAGUCAGUGUGUUCUGGCCCGAGACCCUCUAUGUGGAUGGAGUCGGACCAGGAGCGUCUGCACCAGGAUGAAUACCUCUGAAAACCUGGUUCAGGACUUGGAGAACGUCAACACAGCAGCUCAGUGUGAUGGACAAACAGUGACUGUUGUGGAUAGAGAGGUGAAUACCAACAUGAACGAACCUGUAACGCUUCUAUGUUCGAAACCGUCCAACCUGGCCACUGUUAAAUGGUCCACCCAUCGAUUCACAACCCUGCCAGAGGAACUUUUCGUCCAAUCAGCUGAUGGCAGCCUCAGGUUCUUUGCCACUGCCCGCACCUAUGGGACCUACAUCUGUGAGGCAGAAGAAGAUGGAAACAAGGAGAUCGUUGUCAGAUACACCGUCCAACCUGGUGUGUUGCCACGCUCGAAUAAAACCCCCAACUGGACGACCAACACCGAAGAACCCUACGAAGACAUUGAAACCCAUAAACCUACAACACAACCUGCCCCAGAGCCAAAGGAGACGGACCAGACGGUGACAAAUGGACAAUCCAACGAUGAAUCCACCACGAUUUCUGAAGACACAUUCACAUAUGACUACUUUAAUAAUAUGGAUUUGACCUCGACCUUGAAGAGCGGCGUCCAGCCCUUUAAGGAACAACCCAAAAUCACAAAGAUAUUGAAGAGCUACCACAGUGAGUUGAUCGUUGUUUCCCUCCUGCUGACGAUCUGCAUCUGCAUCCUGAUGCUCGGAGGGUUUCACAUAUGGCGGCAGAUGAAUAUGAACCAAACGGUCAGCCUUGAGAACGGUGACACAAUCACCAAAUGUAUGGAGAGCACGCCAUCCCUGAGCAGCCCAGAGGACGCCGGCCCGGAGCUGAAGGUGGUCGAGUAAACAGAGUCACCUGGUUUUAUAUCAACAUCCAGACUGGGCUGAAAAAACAGUCCAACGUUUUCAACAAAUGAGACAAUACAUACUACACAAAGACUGAAGUCUCACAUUGUAGCAUUUUCCUGACUUUGACAACAACUUAACUCUGGUUCUUAUAGUGGUUCUGUUCAAGAUUCUCCAAAUAUUCCACCACGUGUCCACUAGUUUUACCACAACUAUUGUAAUUAAAGAUAUGUUGGCAAAGGGGAGAGUUGCAGAAGCAAAACAGGUCAUAAUAUACAGUAGUGGACACUCUUAAAAUUUUACACAAUGUCAAAUAUUAUCAUGAAAUAUUUGUGGGAAAAAUGUUUUUUGUGUUUUCUAAAGGUGUGGCUGCAUCAGACAGACACAAACAAAUGCAAAUGAUUAUUGUUGUUUUGUUUUUUGUUUAUUGUUAACAAGAAACUAGAUUCUUGACAGGUGAUGCAUUGGAUAGCACCCGUACCUCACAGCAGGAAGGUCCUGGGUUCGAUUCUAACGUUAGUCGAUUGGCGGGAGGAGUUUGCAUGUUCCCCAGCUUCCUCCCACCAUCCAAAGACAUGCACUGAUAGGUGAACUAGUUUAUCUAAAUUGCCCAUAGGUGAGAAGGGUUGGUUGUUUGUCUUUAUAUGUGAGCCCUGUCCUCCAUAAGUAUCCCAUAAGUAGCUGGGAUAGGCUCCUUAGUGAGGAUAAAGUGGGUUCAGAUGAUGAAUGAAUGAUAUUUGUGACAGUUUCCACAUGUCAUGCCCUGGAUGUGUUUCAUUAUCUUACUGAAACAUCCAGUUUUGACCUCGAUGGAACAGAGCAUGUGCAGAAGGGAGCAUGUGGGUUUGGAGAAUGAAGUUCAACGACUUAAGAGUGAUUCUGCACCUUUUGACAACAUUUUUAACAGUUUAACCGCCUGUAGAUCACCUGGACCUGCUUAAAGGUUCAGAUAAGACUUACACCUGAUGGUUAGGGUUCACUAGAACUUAUUUCUUUAGUGUUUGGGUUCUGAGCGGGCUAAACUGGUUAAUACACCUAAAAAAAAGUGAAUAGUUUAAAUUUCCAUCGUCAGUUUUUUGCCUGCAUUAGACCACAGUCCACAGGGGUUUAUUGAGGAGAUGACAGUAAAAUUAUUACUUUAUGAUAAAUGAAUACAUACAUACAUACAUACAUAAAAUUGCUGACAUUUUCUUUUUUUUUUUUUUUUUUUUUUUUUUUACUUUUAAGGUAUCUAAAAUACUGUUGGUCUAUUUAGGAGUUCAUCCCUUCUUUUCCUGUUCAGUCUGUCUCCUAAAUGGGUCUGAGUUGAGAAUAAUCUUUACUUUAUUUAUCAUUUCCUGAGUUGGGCAAAACGUGUAUGGAAAUGUGAAACCAUAAAAGCUGUGUUUUACAUGAAGGGAAUCCACAGAGACUUAAUUAGCUGAAAUGCUAACAUUAUCUAGCACCAAUAUUUUUUUUUUUUCUCAUUUGCUUAACAAUUGUAAAAUUAGAUGUGAAUUGAAUCCACCUCCUCUGCUGUUGAUUAACACAUGUAAAGUGGAAAAAGUGUUUUAUGGACACAGUUCUGCAAAAGAUGGGAAUUUUAAUUUUAUUUUUUAAAUAAAUAUUUACCAUUCCCAUUGCGUUUAUGACAGUUAGCCUGGUGGUUCAGCAGUUUUUUGGGUUUUUGUUUUCUUAGAUAAAGGUACGAGAGAUUAGUAACAUGUUUGUUGUUUUUUUUUGUUUUUUAGAAGAAAAAAGGUAAAAAUGCAUGUAUGUUAUAGACCAAACAUACAUGCAUUUUUAUCUUUUUUCUUGACUGUAUAGCUGCUGUAAAUAAACCCUGCCUAUCAUUGACUUUACAUUAGAUUUGAUCAGCUAAAGUUGUAAUUUGCUCAUCUAUAGAUAUAGUGUUAAAGAUAUGAUUGAUAACGGUCAUGUGACCUCUUUAAAGUUUCAUCCAUGUUUCUUCAUAACGUGUGACAAAGUGGCUCCAAACAGGCCUGGGUCUGGAUGGUUUUAUAGUGACUUCUCAUUGCUUUUCUACAACACUUUCUCACAACAUAAAAUUCUCGCAGUUUCCAUCACCGUGGUUACCCAAAUUGCCAUGAAAAUCCAUGCACAGAUAUUUGAUUUAGCUAAAUAUUGUCUAAUUUGUGAGGAUUAUGUGUUGAAAUCACAAACAUGUCGAAUUGUAUGUUUUUAUAUUUUUUGUGCUACUGUUUUGUCUGAAUCUGAAUGUAAGUAACUGAUGUGAAUGUAACGAGGAAUCAAAUUUUUAUUUUUUUAAGAUUUAAUUAUUUAAAGAGAAUUUAUCUUUUAUUUUCUGUGUUUUUCAGUUAUCAUUACUGUGACCGCCUGCAGCACAAAUUUAAACAAAUGUGAACAUGUUAUAUUUUUCUGUGCACUGUAUUGUAUACUGUCAGUAAGUUAAGGUUAAAGUCUGUUUUAUUUGUCUUUUUGUUUUUUGUCAAUCAGACCUAAAUGUCGUUUUAACUCUCACCUUAAUGGUUCAAUGCUUCUGCUAUAUAUGUAUUUAUUAAACAAAUCUUUUUCACAACAAUUUUGUGUUUGAAACAUGGCAGGGAUUAAAACACAUCAUUUCACCUCUCAAAAGCGAAUUAUACCUUCCCUUUCAUGCACACUGUGUUGAAUAUGCUUUUCCUUAACGAAUACAUCCUGCCACCUGCUGGAGAAAUAAUGCAAUAAAUAAAUACGACUUAAAACAUGAAAACUGA